AUGGAGAAGAAGAAGGAAGUGUCGAGAAAGAAAUAUCCUUCUCUGGGUCAAGAGACUCAAACUCGGCUCCCUGUCAAAGGAAAGGAAGAUGGUGGCUUAGUUUGGUCUGUGAAGAAUGUGGCUAAGUCCAAGUCUCUUAAGGUUGAAGAUAGUGUUUUUGGGUCUAUUUCAGUUCAGACCAAUGGGAUCUCUCUCGGUUUGGAUAAGGUCCAGAAAGGAGAUUCAAGUGUUGGACAGUUUGCUGUAAUCAUUGAUAAUGCAACUGAAAAUGAGGAGGUUGGCAUUUGUUCAGGCACAGUUUGUGCAGUUGAGGAUGAUUCCUCUGACGUGUUAUCUACUGACACUGAAGAAGAGGCUUUCAUCAAGGUUUUGUCUAAGCGUCAGAAGAGGAAUCUACGAGGCAAGGGCCUCAAAACCAAAGCUUAA